AUGCCGUUCCCGGGCGGGCUGUGGUGGCUGCUGUGCUGCCGGCAGGGCUUCACGCUGCUGCGGCGGGACUACGGCGAGGCGGACCGGGAGGCGGACGGCGAGGCCGAGGAGGAGGAGGCGUCCUUCGAGCUCCGCGCCCAGGGAGACCAGGGUUCCCUGGAGGUGAGCCUGAGCCAGCCCACCCGCAGCAGCAGUGGCUCGGAGCGGUCCCUGCUUGUCGCGGAGGAGAUGCGCAGCCUCAUUGUGGAGAAGGGCCCAGGGCCAGUGGAGGAUGACCCCGACGCUCUUGUGAAAGGCUGGCUGCAGCGGGAGGUGCGGGGCGGCGUGAAGACCCCCUGGAUCCGGCCUCGGAAGUACUGGUUCGUGCUGACGCCCGACUCCCUGGACUACUACAGCAGCAACGAGAAGGGGGCCCGGCGGCUGGGUUCCCUCGUGCUCACCAGCCUCUGCUCCGUGCUCUGGCCAGACAAGCAGACCUACAAGGAGACGGGCUACUGGAGUGUGACGGUGUUUGGCAGGAAGCAUUGCUACCGCCUGUACACGGAGCACCUGAACGAGGCCGUGCACUGGGUGUGCGCGGUGCAGAAGGUCAUCGACAGCAAAGUGCCUGUCCAGACACCCACCCAGCUGCUCAUGCGCGACAUCGAGGAGCACUGCGGCAGCCCCGAGGUCCUGGAGCAGAUCUACCGCUGCAACCCAAUCCUGCGCUACACCAGCAGCCCCCUCUACGCUCCCUUGCUGCCCUUCCCCUACGGCAGCCUGGACCAAAGCGCCCCCAGCCCCCGCAGCUACACCACGCUGCGCGACGAGGCCGUGAAGCUCUUCAACUCGCUGCAGCAGCUGGAGUCGGAGCGGGACCCGGUGCCGCUGAUGCAGGGCGUCCUGCAGACCUGCCUGGACCUGCCGCCGCUGGUGGAUGAGAUCUACUGCCAGCUGGUGAAGCAGACGACGGAGCCGCCGGCGCCGGGCGGGCAGGGCGACCUGCACUACUGGCAGCUGCUCACCUGCAUGAGCUGCACCUUCCUGCCCUCCCCGCCCGUCCUGCGCUUCCUGCGCUUCCACCUGGACAGGACGGAGAGCCGGUUCCCCGCCUCGGAGAUGGCCAAGUACGCCUGCUUCAUCCGGGAGGCGCUGGGGAAGACGAAGGGGCGGGAGUGCGUGCCCUCGCUGGAGGAGAUCCUGGUGCUGAUGCGGCGGCAGGAGAUGAUCUGUACCGUGCACUGCCCGGGGGCGCCCGCCUGCAGCGUGGCCAUCAGCUCCCACACCACGGCCGAGGAGGUGGCCCGGGAGCUGGUGUCACGCCUGGGGCUGUCCCAGAGCCCCAACCUCUUUGCGCUCUACGAGCAGUCCCGGCGGCGGGAGCAGCCCGUGGGCAGCGCCACGCUACUGGCCGACGUCCUCACCAGGUUUGAAAACCUGGCCGGGGAGGAGCGGGAGCAGGACCCGCCGUGCCGGCUCUGCUUCAAGCACUACGGCUUCCUGGACACGGACAAUGUCCCGCGUGACAGCCUGGAGUUUGCCCUCCUCUUCGAGCAGGCGCACGAGAUGGUGCUGCGGGGCUACGUGCCCACGUCAGAGGAGACGCUGCAGACGCUGGCGGCGCUGCGCCUGCAGAGCCUCAACAGCGACUUCUCCACCCACGCCCCCUUCCCACGCCUGGAGGAGCUCUUUCCGCCCCACGUGCUGCAUGCCCGCCUGCCGGCCCCCCGCCGCCGGCCCCCCACCAAGUGCCGAGGGGCCCGGCUGCGUGCGGGGCUACUGGCCGGCGGGCUCUGGGGCCAGGCGCUGGCCAAGCAGCGGGCGGAGCGGGACCAGCGCCUGCGGGGCCGCCUGCGGGAGGAGGGGGCCAGCACCAUGGCCGCCAUCGUGGAGAAGUGGAAGCUGCUGCAGGGCAUGGGCCGGCCCGAGGCCAUGGCCGCCUACGUGGCGCUGGUGCGGGAGUGGCCUGGCUUCGGCUCCACGCUCUUCGACGUCGACCUGCGCACGAGCCCAGUGGGGGCCGGGCCCCAGCGGCUGUGGCUGGGCAUCGGGGCCAAGGCCGUCUCGCUCUACAAGCCGGGGGAGCCCGAGCCCUUGGACAGCUUCUGCUACGGCCGCAUCUCCUCCUUUGGCGCCUCCGACAGCAGCACCUUCCGCCUCUCCGUGGAGGACCGGGACAUGCUCUUCGAGACCUCCCAGGUGGAUGAGAUUGCUCAGCUCCUCAACACGUACCUCACCUCUGCGGGCACCCGGCAGCCGCCCCGGCCCCAGGAGCCGGCCACCAGCCCCCCUGCCUUGGACCCCACCGCACUGCCCCAGGGGCUCUGCCCUGCGGCUGGGUCCUGGCAGCACCGGCCGUCGGUGGGCUCCUUCCACAGCUAGCCCGGCGGCCGGCGCGGCCACGCAGGGUGCUCCCGACAGACGGCAUGGGGAGGGCGGCCGGCCCGGCAGCGAGCGGCAGGUCUGUGCUGGUCCCCAGCCGCUCCCUGGAGCAGGGGGACAGGGGCUCGUGCUCCCCACGCCGCUGUUGCCUUUCUGGUUAUUUCCUUAAUUUAUUUCGAGACGCCCGUGCCCCCCACGUCUCCCAGCACUUUCCCUGGCGGGCAGCGGGGCUGCCGUGCCGCGGACCCCGCGCACUGCCCCCAGGCCUGUCCCCAUCCCUUGCAUCCCGGUGCCUUCGCCUCCAGCACUUGUGCUGCCUGGCAGCUCUGCCCGCACCCCGGCUCCCGCUGCCCCGGGGGCUUUGCCUGGGGCAAGGGGUGCCGGGCAGCGGUGCUGUGCCGUCGUCUGUCUGUCCGUCCGUCCACUGAACCCACCCCUCCUGGAAAGCUGCGGGCGGCUUUUGGCCGAGCCGCCUCGGGGACCAGCGGGCUCCUCCCGGCCGAGUGGCCGGGCCCUGCUGCUUCGCGGUGGCCCCGUGGCGGGGCUCGUGGUGCAGGGGUGGCCGGUGGGGUGGCGGCUGGUACGGCUGGGGCUCGGCCCCUCAAUGUUGCCUCUGUAAAGUUUGUCGGUUCUGUCUUGGGA